GAAAGAGUCGUCACGCAUGCGCGGUGUAAACUGAAGCAUUUCCUGUCAAGAUGGCGCUGAGCAGAGGAGCAGGGCUGUGGAGGACGUGCGGCAUGUUGUUACCCAGACACCCGCUCCUGUUCCCCGCAGCUGCCCGAACACAGAGCUCCGUGAGCCGGGACCUGGUGCCCCGGACCUUCCUGUCUAGGCCGCCGUGGCCGGAGCAGGCGAUACUGGUCCCGGAGGAGGAGCGGAGCCGACACGCAGCGGUGGUGAGCACCGUGAACCAGCUCAUCGACCAGCAGGACUACGGCCGGCUGUUCGCCAUCGUGCACUUUGCCAGCCACCAGUGGAAGGUCACCACCGAGGACCUGAUCCUGAUCGAGAACCACAUCGAUGCGGAGUGCGGGGAGCGGAUCCGGAUGGAGAAGGUGCUGCUGGUCGGGGCGGAGAACUUCACCUUGAUCGGCAGGCCUCUGCUGGGGAAGGACCUGGUCCGGGUCGAGGCCACCGUGAUCGAAAAGACCGAGUCCUGGCCCAAAGUCCACAUGAGGUUCUGGAAGAGACACCGGUUCCAGCGCAAGAGGAUCAUCAUCCAGCCACAGACGGUGCUGAGGAUCAACAGCAUCGAGCUGGCCCCCAGACUGACAUGAUGAUGAAGAUGAAGAGUGGACGAUGUCACACACAGACUGAGGGUUUAUUUGACCCCACUGAUUAUAAAGAAAUAUGUAAACACGUGCAGGUCGGGAGCCGGUUAAUGUUAAUGCAGCAGCAAACCCAACGUGACUCUCUGGACCGGGUUCCUGCAGAACUGUUGACAGGAUAGUACUGCUGUAAAUAAAGAUCCAUCUUUUGCAAAUGA